AUGGCAAAAAUCAUCUUAGGAUCUGCUGCGGCUUUGACGGCGGCGUUGGCGGCUGCAGCGGUGGCGGGACAUCAUUUGAAAGUGUCUGGAAAAUGGGGUCAUGCUGAAAGUCUUGCUUCUGAUGGUGGUAGCAAGCUCAAGAUGUUGAUCUCUUAUGUGGAUAAUCUUCCAUCUGGGGAUGAGAAAGGACUCUUUUAUGCAUUGGAUCUUGGUGGCACAAACUUCCGUGCCCUACGUGUGGAGUUAGGUGGAAAAGAGAAAGGUGUUGUCAACGUAGACUCUGAAGAAGUUUCGAUUCCUCCUCAUUUGAUGACCGGUUCUUCACAUGAUUUAUUUGAUUUUAUAGCGACAUCUCUUGCAAAGUUUGUCAGUUCUGAGCCUGAAGAGUUUCGUCCUCUUCCCGGAAGAAAAAGGGAGUUGGGUUUUACGUUCUCGUUUCCAGUGAGGCAAACAUCAAUUUCAUCUGGUACUCUAAUAAAGUGGAGUAAGGGUUUCAGUAUUGAAGAUGUGGUCGGAGAAGAUAUAGUUGGCGAACUAACCAAGUCAUUGGAAAGAGUUGGCUUGGAUAUGUGCGUUACAGCUCUAAUCAAUGAUGCCGUUGGAACAGUAGCUAAAGCCAGAUUCAGCAAUAAGGAUGUCAUUGCCGGAGUAAUUCUUGGUACUGGAACAAAUGCGGCAUAUAUAGAGAAUGUUAAUGCAAUUCCAAAGUGGCACGGUCUUUUACCAAAAUCAGGAGAGAUGGUUAUAAACAUGGAGUGGGGUAAUUUUUGUUCUUCUGAUCUUCCUCUAACCGAAUAUGAUCGCGCUCUAGAUGAAGCGAGCUUAAACCCUGGAGAACAGAUUUUCGAAAAGAUAAUUUCUGGUAUGUAUUUGGGUGACAUUGUAAGGAGAGUACUGCUAAAGAUGGCUGAAAAGGCUGAUUUUUUUGGAGAUAUUGUUCCUGAUAAGUUGAGAAUUCCUUUCAUACUUAGGACACCUGACAUGUCUGCUAUGCAUCACGAUACAUCUUCGGAUCUAAGGGUGGUCGGAAAAAAAUUGAGGGACGUAUUGGAGAUCGAAAACACAUCCCUGAAAAUGAGGAAGAUUGUUGUGGAACUUUGUGAUAUAGUUUCUGUUCGAGGGGCCCGCCUUGCUGCUGCUGGUAUUUUCGGCAUCCUAAGAAAACUGGGAAGAGACACGGUUAAAGCCGGGGAGGAACAAAAAUCAGUGAUAGCAUUGGAUGGAGGAUUGUUUGAACACUACAUGAAAUUCAGAACGUGCAUGGAGAAUACAUUAAAGGAGUUGUUGGGAGAUGAAGCAGCUGAGACAAUCGGCGUUGAACAUUCCAACGACGGCUCUGGAAUCGGAGCAGCUCUCCUUGCAGCUUCUCAGUCCCAAUAUUUGGGAGUGGAAAAUUCCUAA